AUGGCAAGCUUUACGCCCCGCAAGAACGAAAACGGCCGACUUUCCAUCCUACCUGAAGAGCUAGUCGAACAGAUUGCCAGUUUACUGGACCCUAGGGGGCUGAGCCUGUGCAAUAUGCGACUGACCUGCGUGCAUCUCUACAAUAAGACUUUACACCGCUUUGGAUGUACGGUUCUUCAUACCAUACGCACCGACCUCAAUGCGUAUGGCCUACAGCGACUUGUCGAGCUAGCGGACGACAGCCGUUUGAGGGAUUAUGUCCAUGUUCUUUUCAUUGCGCAACUUCCAACUGUCCAGAUGGGCACCGGUUUAGCUUGGACAAGAGACGAUUCGGGUGUGAUGAAUGUGGGACAACAACUGGGUGCUCGGUGGUUACGGCGCGCGCUGCUUUCCAUGGUCAACUGCAAGUCAUUUGUAGUUCAGCUCAACUAUGCCUGGGAAAGAGCAAAGGACCUCCCCUUCGGUCCCACCGACAGCAUAACAAUCAUCCUAAGUAUUAUUGCUGAAGCAGGCAUCGCAGUCAAAUCAUUCUCUGUCUUCUCCCAGCCGGGGAUGAACAUAUUCGCCUUCAACAAUGUGGACGGGCGUCGUCUGCACUUGCCGCUCCUAGAAGAACCGGCCUUCAUCAACGCAUGGGCUCACAUCGAAAAGCUCAGGUUUGACCACAACCUGAUCCCGGAUAAAGUCGCACAAUGGGUCGUCAAACUUAUCGCCCUUGCUCCGAACCUCAAAUCGCUGGAGAUCGGCUUCGACUACAGCGUCAAGGCACAGCUUCUCAUGGCCCGUCUCGCGACCGACCCAGGAUCUGAGCUGCGAGAGCUUAGGUUUAUCAACGCCGUUGAAAUGAAAUGUGAUCAUCUUCUUACAUUCCUCCGCUUUUCGCGCCGCACCUUGCGUUCCCUCAAACUUGAGCAUCUCCAACUGGUCAAUGGUAGCUGGAUCGAUCUUCUCGAUGAGCUUCCUCAAUUCUCCUUGCUAGAUGAUCUUACCUUGUCUUGGUUGAGCACAGGCCCGAAAACCAUCCUACAUUUUCCGUCCCUUGAGAAUCCCCUUGCCGAGACCGCGGAAGCGGCGAAUUUCAAGCUAGGCAGUAGACGAUUUCGGGGCUUCCGGAAGAACAUGUCUGUGUCAUAUCACGGGCCUUCUAUGGCAUUGGUGUUGGACGCACUGCUAGAGACAUCUCUAGAGGAUUGA